UGAGUCCCGAUUACGCCCUUCACAAAUGAAAGUGUAAUGUUUACCAGGAGAAACGUCAGAUGAAAAUUAAGUAUGAAGAGAAUGAAAACAAACAAUAGAUUGAUAGAGUGAAUUGAAGUAAUAGAAAAUUGAAAUUAAAAGGAAAGCCAUAGUUUGAAGAAAGAAGAAAGUUUAUGAAAGUUAUUGAAUGAAAGAGUUGAAGCAGAUAACGAGAAAAUAAGUAGAAACCGGAGGAAUUGAGGAAAGAGACAGAAGAAAACCAAAUCUUAAAGCUGUGUUACUAUAUACGUAGCUAAAAAGAGGUUUCACUCUCAUCGUUCUCCUGAAAUUCGUCCGGCAACAAUCUUUAAGAUUUGUCUUUCGAGUAGAGAGAGAUUUACGGUUGGAUACGUUGCGUGGUUGGAGUACCGUAUAGAUGGAAAGCCACUGCCUGAUGUGUGACCGGCCAGAUAAUCCCGACAAUCUGGUGCAGUGCGACAAAUGCGACGGAUAUGUGCACUUUUCCUGUGCUGAUGUGGGUGAAUCGAUUGCCGAUGCAGAUCGGAGUUUUACCUGCAAGAAAUGCGUCGAAAGCGAAGAGGCUGUCACUAUAUCGUCACAACACACCAGCAAACGCUCCCACGCAUCGUCGAGAAGUAGCAUCAGUGCAAGGCGGACGAGCUUGCGGUUACAGCAGAUAGAAACGGAUCGUCAAAACCGCCUGAAGGAGUUAGAUGAUGCGGAGAAGUACUAGAGAAUGCGUCGUCAAGUGGAAGCUGAUUUUGAUAAGCAGCGUUUCCAGGUGCUCGAUGCACAACUGGAAGAGGUCGAACAGCGCAGCACGAGGAGCAGAGUAAGCUCCAGAGUCAUCCGCGAGAAUACCAGUAAGUGGGUUGGAGCAGCAAGUCAGACUGAGGGUCAAGUAGUCACCACGUCAACAACCGCUGUUACCACCGCUACCGUAUCGCAGAGCCAGCCUGGCAGUUCACCUCAACCUGUUGACAUGGGAACUCAUCGUAUCGAGGGUUCAGCAUUGCAGCGAACGGGACUCGCCGCCGAAUCUAAUGACACACAAAUGCCGUCGCAAGUGUCAUCAAGCAACGUUACAAGACCGCAGGAAGGAGGUGUUCCUGUUACCACCAGAUCCCAGUUGGAUGUUUCGAUUCCGGCAGCUGUCACAGCAAUAGUUAGCGUAACUGAUGGCAAUCGAGUCGAAUUAAUAAAUCCAACGCAUGUCAAUCCUGUUGUUAACCAGGUGAGAAAAGGUGGUAGGAAAACUAAGGUAGAUGAAAUAGUCAACACUAGCACUCCGAAACAAUCGCAUGUAGUAACGAACGAAAAUGUAAAUCAAACCAGCUAGUUAGUAGUUACGAGUAGCAAAAAUGAUUACAUUGAGUCAGCAUGUUUGUACACUACUAGUCGAAGUCAAUUUCCACAAACUGUUCACUCAAAUACAAAGCCUGCAGAAGGUGCUCAUGUUACCGCGUCCCUUGGGUCAGUGCUUAAGCCACCGUCGGGGCACGGGCAAGGUAUCGAUCUCCAUCCGUCAUUGUUUCCUCCACCAUCGGGGCGCAUACAGUUCGAUGUAUCGAAUUCGUUGAAACCUCAACCACCGUCAGGGCAAAAGCAAAAUGUCGUAUCAAAUCCACUAUCGGCGAUGCAACAGAUGAGCCUUGAUCCACUUACCCAAUGGGAUCGGCCAGUGCUUCAGCAACCUGAAUAUGAAAGUUACCAGGGAAUGUUGUCCAGAUCAGCCAAAGUGGGUUGUACAAUACCGAACGUACAAUCGUCGUCAGUGGAACAAAUGCAGCAACAAUGUUCUGGGUUGAGUUCUUCGGUGCUUUUGCCAUCUUUGGGGAAUCAGCAUUUGCAGUUGCCAACGUCGUCGUUGCCUUUAGCACAGCCGGGGCAUCAGCAAUUUCAAGUACCAACGUCUUCGAUGUUUCUGCCUCAGCCGGAGCAUCAGCAGUAUCGAAUAUCGAAUUCAUUGAUACCUCACCGAUCCUGGCCGUGUCGCUCCAAGCGAGAGUGCGGAAUAGGAGACUGUCGCAUGCGUCAUCACCCUUUGCUGCACACGAAGAAAUCAGAAACGAUUACGCCUUCACCAUCAACACCAACAAAUAGAAAUA